AAAAGCCCCUUCGAGCGACGACCAGAAGGCGGACAGUUUGAAGUCUGCCAUGCAAUUUUCGUUGUGUGAUUGACAUACAGAAUAUAUGUAAAUGUUAUGUUAUGUAUAAAAUGAAGUGAAUCAUCCAUGGAAGGAACCGUGACUUCUGUCGACGCAAGGAGAUUUGUAUUUUUCUAGCAGGAAAAUGUCAACAACAUUGCGAGUGUGGUCUUUUGCCAAGCAGAUCACCAAUGAGGAUAAGGAGGAUCUUCUUAAAUACUUUGGAGCUGUUAGUGUUAAACAUGUGUCUCAGCACGGCCAAAACAAGGCAGUUCUUGCACGUUUCCCGAGCGAGGAAGAUGCUCGACGUGCCCUGCAGAAGCUCCACCAGCAGGAAGUCUUGGGCAUCAGACUGAUGGUGGCUUUUCAUGGUACCUCUACCGUGCCAUGUCCUAGACAGCCACACGAAACAAAGGAAAAUGAAGGAGACAACAAGGAAACAAGUCGGAAGGCAAAAGUCAAAAAGAGGGUGGAAGAAUUCGAAGCGAAGUUAAUGGCUAUUGGAUCCAGUUUUGGCGUGAAUCACCCAAUCCCACCUAGUCUGAGAUACCUGUAUCCACCACCAUCACCACCUGUGAUAGCCAACAUCGCCCAGAGCUUGGUCGCUGUGCCAAAGUUUUAUACACAGGUUCUCCACCUCAUGAAUAAAAUGAAUCUUCCAACACCAUUUGGAUCAGUAGUUAAGGUUUCCCAUCAUUAUGAGGAAGCCCUUAAGUUGAUGGGCUUCGCAGGAAGGGAUGAGGUGCUAGAAACUCGCGUCCAUGAUGAGGAUAUGACUGAAGGAAGGGUGAAAGGAAGCCAUGAUAAGACUCCUGCAGCAGAAGGAGAGGACGUGGAAACAGGCAUCACCCGCAGUCCCUCGGAAACCGAGUCGGAGUUGGAGAGUGAUGAGAAUGAGACCCCCGUGAGUAGAAACCCAUCCUUGGCUCCCGUCAAGAGAAAGCUCCCGCCAAAGAAACCAAUAAACAAGAAGCCCAAAUUGUCCCAGCUACAGCAAACCCUUGUGCCACACCCCAGAGCCAGUGAGCCCUCAGAUAUGAAGGACGUAUUUGAGGGCAGCACCAGCCAGAAACCCAGGAAAUUGGCUCUGCACUUAGAAGGAACGGUGCUCCCCCAGGCCGAGGCAGAGGAGGAGCAACGGCAGAUCCCCGAGCUGGGAGGGUUUGGGAAGAUUGAAGUGCAAGAAAAGGAGAGAGAAAAGGCAGAUGAUCCAGUGGAGUGGGAAAGAGAAGCAAACAAAUACAUAACUAAAGAAGAAUUGGAUGCUAAUAAGAUAAGCAAAACAGAUUGGCCUUUAUUAACAGUAUUCAAAAAUUACAAAACUGGGGAUCCUACCGUUAAGUUAUACAUAAAAAAUUUAGCAAAAACAGCUACCGAGGAAGACCUGAAGCACAUCUAUGGUCGGUAUAUCUUCUGGCAAAAUGACGAAGAAGCUGAAACGUUCACCAUCCGUUUAAUGAGGGAAGGCCGCAUGAAGGGUCAGGCUUUUGUCACCUUUCCAUCUGUACAGCAAGCUAGUGAAGCCUUGGAAGACACCAAUGGUUUCAUUCUUAAAGAUAAGCCCAUGGUUGUAGUUUUUGGGAAAGUGAAAUCAUAAAAGAAUUAAAAAUUG